AUGCUCGCCACCCUUCCCCGUGCCGCGCCCCGCGCAGCCCGCCGCCUCACUACCGCCCACGCCCUCCGCUCCCCCCUCGCCCCGUCAUACAACCACACCAUCCGUCCAGCCCUCGCCCCACCAUACAACCACCCCCUCGCUCACAUCCCCGAGGCUGACCGCCUCAAGGCUCCCUACGCCUUCUCGCUCCUCAAGGCCCACAUCUCUGAGCCGGCAGGCCCUACCCGCACUGAAUGGGUCGCGUCUCUUCUCAACACCAAGGAGGGCCGCGAAUGGGUCCAAGCCGCAUGGGACGCUACUCUCAAGGACCUCGCUGACCAGCCCAUCGCUACUGAAGUCACGUUCCAGACACUCAGCGACCACAUCGCCGACGCCAAUAACGCAAAGGCACUCAAGGUCGGCGGAAGCAUUGUGAUCCGCGACGUCCUCCGUGACCCCGUUGCCGAGGCUUGGGCCAGUGAGCUCACCGAGGCUCUGGUUUCGCGCGCACACUCGCCAACCUACUACACCGACGCGCAGAUUGCUGCACGUGCCGACCCCUCGGUUCUUAGCGCAACGGGACAGGCGCUCAAGGCCUUCAUUCCCGCCUCGACGCCCGAGGGCGCCUUUGUCCGCAUCGACGCAGCGACCGUCGCUCCGGAGCAGCCAACCUGGGUCGGCAAGGACAUUUGGGCCAUCGAGGAGACCGCUUCCCCCUCUACUCCGGUGCACGCCUACCUCGCCCUCGCCCGCACCGAGGUCAAGGUGCCCACCUCGUCGGCUGCCGCGACGUACGCCCUCCUCCGCCCCUUCUUCGCCCCUAAGAAGAGCCGUAUCUCCUUCUACCUUCCCACCGGCUACACCGAUGCCUCGAACUGGGCCAUGCGCGCUCCCGGCACCAAGCCCGAGCUUGACGCGGACUUGGUCCACGUUCGUCCAGCCACCAUCUCCCUCGCUCCGGGAGACGUGCUGGCCACGCACGCUGGCCAGCCUCUCCAGGCCGCCGACGCGAGCGGCCUCCUCCUCCCUGUCCACCCCCUCCCCGCCACCGAGGGUAACCGCGCCUACGUCGCCCUCCAGCGGGCCAGCUUCGAGGCCGGCCUUCCUCCACCUCACGUUCCGGCUGACGGCACUCCCAUCGCCCUCGAGGACGGCGGCAACGUCACCAUGAUCGAGUCGUGGGGCGGCCGCCGCGCUCUCGGCUACGGCUUCUAA